ACUUCUUAACUGCUUCCAUUUAUCGUAAACAAAAAUUAUUACAAUCGAUAUUACGUAACCGAAUAAUUCAAAAGUCAUUUCCGAUAUAAAGUUUAAUCAAACGUUCAUGUUCGUUUCAAUUAAAACGAGUAAUUAAUUGAGAUUUUGUUGUAAUUAAGAUAUGUGGUACACGACCAUCGGUAACGAGUUUCGUUGCAACAUCGAUAUAAAUGACUUCUACAUUUUAAUGGACGUUCAGUGCUAUAGGCCGCGAGAGUAGGGAGUCAAGCUCCAGCAGUAGAGCAGCGAGUAGCAGUGAUGCUGCUCCUCAAAACGAAGAAGCCGAGGGUAACAUGAACCGGGAGAACGUCUCGAACAAGAUCGCCGCCGGCAUGGACCGGUGGCAGAAUACACUCGAGGACAUGAUCAACCUGAGGUCUUCUAACAACACCGUCUUUAAGGACUACUAUUGGGCUCAAAAUGGUUUCGAUGAGCUCCGUCGCUACGUAAAGCAGGGAAGCGACUUCAGCAAAGAACUAUCAUCCAUAUUGCAAGAAAGAAUUGAAGCAGAAAUAUACUACGCAAAAUGCUUGGCUAAACUUGGGACGAAGCUGACGAAGGCUUGCAAGGAGAGCGUCGGCUCGUGCGCCGAAGCAUGGAAACAUGUCGCACUCGAGAUGGAGAAACGGUCGGAAAUUCACAGAAGUUACUCAAGUGCUUUAUCCGACGAGCUAGUGAAACCAAUGAAACAUGUAAUCGACAAUCAAUUGAAACUUAGGAAGAAGAUCGAAGGUAACGUUGACAAGACUACGCGAUCUCUCGGAGAAUGGAGAACAGCGGAGGCAAAGUCUAAGAAACAUUCCCACACGGCGGCGCGGGAGAACGAAAAGUUACAGGACGCCUCUUUGGAGAUUAGCCGUCUGUCGCGUAGUUCGAGCGUGGGACACAUACCACAUGCGCACUCUAUCCUGAGCGCGGCACGGGCAGAGCGGCUGCCAAAUGCGACGAGCGAGAAGGACGCAGCUAAGCUUCAGGUCAAGAAAAGGAAGACGGAAGAUGCUGUGAAAAAAACUGAAGUUGAAUAUUAUAAUGUGUGCGUGCACGCCGAACGGGCUAGGUUGGAAUGGGAGUCAAGUGUAGUGAAGGGAGCUGGCAUGCUGGAGUCUCUUGAGGAAGAGAGACUAGCCCAGCUCAAGACAGCUGCUGAUUGCUACCUCAGGCUGACAUCCGCCGUGCCUGCACAAUUAGCGGAGGCCACAAACAUUUUGGUGAAUCCGAUAAAGAAUGCGAACGCCAACACUGACAUGAGAGUAGUUCGUGGAGUCCGUUCAGCACAGACUGGAGCCAGUGAACAACUGCUGCCAGACUUCUACUGCGAACAUACCACGCUUGCUAUGAACAAGGAACGACGUAAGCAGGCGCUGCUGAAGAUACUACAGUUAGUAAAACAAGACAUUGACAGGGAGAGGAAAUCCAAGCAGGGACUUGAGAAACUGUCGAUGGCCAUCAAACAGACACCCACUUUUGGAAAUGAUGACUCACAACAAAAUGUGGCUGACAAACUGUACCAUAUGAGAAGUAUGCUGACAUAUUUGGAGGCAGUGAGGUAUAAAAUAACGGCUAGUCUUAACGAGCUGGAUAAUAGACCGCCGGUACAGCAUCCACUGGCAGCGCACAUACAGAUCAUAAGGGACAAACAAGGACUGCAGCAAAGUAUACUGAAGGUACCACCGUGGCUUCAAGCCGACUAUCAAAACGAGGUGAACAAAAACCUGACACCAAAUUACACGGCGUUAACGAAGAGUGUAAAUGGUGGAGAGGAGAGGGAGCGCAGAGACUCCAUCAUGAGCAGAGCCUCUAGUAAAUUGAGAAUAGAACACCUCUCAUUUAGGAGGAACACGGACAACAAGAGUGCACCAGUUACACCAGUUGUUGACAUCCCCACGCCCCCGCUCCAGAAACAGACCGUGGAAACACCAAACCCACCUGAAAGUCCACUAGAUUGGAGCGAGCGUGGUGCUGGUGAUGGACUGUCCAACCAACAAGAUAGUGACUUUGAUGAGUUUUCAUCGCAAAGUGAUAGCUCGACGGAUUUGACUGAUAUUAUGAAGAAUGAGAACGGGGACACGGUGCCACAGACGCCGUCAUUGGGCAAAUGCCGAGCGCUGUACACUUACGAGGCGAGACUUAAUGACGAACUUAAUUUGACUCCAGGAGACAUAAUAAAUAUACACGAGAAACAAGCCGAUGGGUGGUGGAGCGGAGACCUGAACGGCAUCUAUGGAAUUUUCCCUUCAUCCUAUGUGGAAGAAAUUACCACUUGCGUAUAAGUAUACACCGAAAGUGACCAAGAGGAUCACAUAAUACAAAAAUGGGUAAAAAAUAAACAGACCGCAAAAAGAUUUCUCGUGUUUGUGACAUUUAUUAAAAAAGUAUUUUAUUUGACUAUUUUCCCGUCAUUUUAGUAGGUAUUACGUCAAAUAAUACCCUUUUAUAAUCUGUGGAUACUGGAUUUUGAUUGCAAACAAGUGAACUUUCUGGUUGUUUUUGAUGUUGAUUCGCGUUGUGCAAUUAUUGUAUUUAAUUGAAUUAUUGUAUUAGUAUAAUGACUUCAAUUGAUAAUUAUCUCAAAAGUUAUCCAUAAAAAUUGUGGAGAUAUUAUUUGGGUACCUACCUACCCAAAAAUGUGUUUACCUACCUGUCAAUAAUAAAAAAUAUACCUAAUGUCUUGAAGUAUAAGUAGGUCUCUCAUUGAGAGAAUGAUAUCUGUGCAAUUUUUAUACUAGUAGUGACGUUGCAUAAAUAAAUGAAUGGAAAUAAUACGAAAAAAUUAAUAAUUAAAGACUACUCAUUUAACAAAAUUGUAAAUG